ACGACUGUGUCAUCUCUAGCUGUGUUUUGAUUGCAGUGCAACGCUUUUUUUUGUUGUUCAAUAAUUAAAUAAUGUCCGUCCCGGUGACUGCCCGCUGCAGCUGGACUCAAACCGCUGGAAAUGAGCUCUCCAAACUGGUGCCCACACUGCUGUCCGAUGACGAUGUUUUUGUCAAACCCGACCUAGAUGACGUUGUCAAUGAGAGUCGUGCUGUCCUGUUUUCCCACAACGAUGUGCCGCCACCGCCCUGUGAGCUGCGUUUUCAAAUAGUUCCUCGUUUAAAAAUCGCCGCCCUUACGCUCGUCUGCAGCGCGCCCAAGGUGGAACUAUUUAUAGGGCCAUUGCAGGAGUACUGCGAAACAAUCUAUGGCACUUGCCUCGAGGAAGAUGACGACGAUAUGUCUAUACGCCCGUAUCGCUAUGAUAUGGAAAUCGAUCGUUCCGGCAUAGCAGAUAUAAAUCUCAAAUUGCUCACAUCGGCCAAUGAAAUCUGCGUCUAUGGAGCCAUCCUGCAUGUGGCGCCGAAUCCGAAUGGCAUUACCACACAGCUGCCGCGGCCUGUGGACAUACAAAAAAUCCAGGAGCUGCUCCAAACAGGUGGCACUGGCGAUGGCAAAGCUAAGCCAGAGGAGAAAAGCGAAAAGUUGCAGCAGUUUAUGUCCCUUAUGAAGGGCUGUACCACGCCGGCGGAAACGCCAGCCACAGCUAAGAAGGAGGGUGAGGGCGAGAAACCGCCGCCGGAGCUUAUGUCCCUGAUAAAAGGCUGCGCCACUCAUGCCGAGGCGCCAGCUAAGGUUUUUCCCUCAGAUUUAUCCAGCCUCCAGAAGCACAUAGACAAGAAAUUCGAGCAGCUGGAGCAACUUGUUACGAAAAGAUUGGAGGCGUUUGAGGCUCAGCAAACGGAUAAAUUGAAUCAAAUUAUUGAACUACUGCAAAGCAGGAACUGAUUUCGCGAAUCGAAUCUAUACCCAUAUGUAAAAUUCAUCUAUUGUAUUAUUGUACAACAUAUCAUAUCAUGUCUAUAUGUAUUUCUUUUUGUACGAGCACCCUGUGGACUAUUGGUGCAAUUGUUUCGAAUGUGAUUAAACGAAAUUUUUAUUUCCAUGA